CGAUCAGUAAUGGCCGAGGAAGCAGGAGCGCCGGUGACCGCCGUUGUCGAAACCGUAAAAGAUGAUUCAUCUGCAGCCCCACAAGAGAUGGAUCUGGAAACUGUUGAGCCGGCUAAUGGCGGUAAGCGAGAGAGAGAGGAAGAAGUGACGACUGAAUCGUCGGAGAACGGAAACAAUGCUAAAAAACCGAAGGUGGAUGAGGAGGAGAAGUCUGUGGAAGAGGAGAAGCUGGAGAAAGAAGCGGCGAAGACUGGUCCGGUGUCGGUUGGAUACAAGAGCUUCGAGACAUCUGUGCAGAUUUUUGACUACUUCUUCAAGUUUCUUCACUUCUGGCCUCCCAAUCUCAAUGUCAAUAAGUAUGAGCAUGCAAUGCUGCUGGACUUGCUAAAGAAGGGUCACCUGGAAGCAGAGAAGAAAAUUGGUGCAGGCAUCCAUGCUUUUCAAGUGCGGUACCAUCCACAAUGGAAAAGCCGAUGCUUCUUCCUUGUGAGAGAGGACGAGUCUGCUGAUGAUUUCAGUUUCCGUAAGUGUGUGGAUCACAUUCUUCCUUUGCCUGAAAACAUGACAGUAAAAUCCGAUGUCAAUAAGGUACUGGGUGGUGGCAGUGGCGGCAGGGGCGGAAGGGGUGGUGGUUGUGGAAAUUGGCGUGGACGCGGUAGAGGGGGUAAGCCAAGGAAUUGAUCGUCUUCCAUUUGAGUCACUUGUGGUGAAGUGUGACAUAAUAUAUAAAAGAGAUGCAGUAGUAAUAGUAGUAUGUACUCUUUUGUAUGGAUUUUGAAUAUUAAAUUAUGAUUGCAUUUGAAAGUUGCACAAGAAUGCCCAAAUUCUCUUGAA